AAGAUGGGAACUACACGUCCCAUGAUGCACCGGAAGCACUAGGCCAGCCCUGUGUGCGGAGCUCAGACACGGCUACCGGGCAACGGGGCGCGGGUAUCGGCUGUAGCCGGGCACCAUUGUGUCUGUGCAGGUGACGGAGCGGAGCACCGAGCGGAGGAGCGGCAUCUCCCGGGGACACGGUUUUCAGCAUGGAAGACCACAGGCCUAGUGAUGCCAGCGACCUGCCCUUGCCCAACCUGCAACCACGGCACCAGGAGCUCAUCCCUACACCAUUUGGCCCUAUCAAGCCCUGGGCAGAGCUUCCAUGGCCAAUAAAAACGUACUUCUGCCUGGCCAUCAUCUCACUGCUGUGUGUUCUUGGCUUAACCAUCUCUAACCUGGUGCAGCAGAGCAAUGAAGAUUCCACCGUGUCUCUUAUACAGCUCAUAGGAGUCGUGUUCUGCAUCUACUACGUGACUCGGGGCAUCCUGCAAGAGAACCGCCAGGAACUUAUUGUGUUCGUGCUCUCCAUCCUACUGGAAAUGAUUCGAUCAAUCGUCAACUUCAGUGUACUCUCUAAAGAUGCCAAACCUGAUAUACAGCCUCGAUUCAUAGUAAUCCUGCUUGUCGGUCUUUUCCACGUGGUCUGUGCUUUGAGUCUUGUUCUGGGGCAAAAUAUGAUGGCGUUCCGCGUGGGAGGUGCUUUGGAGAGUCUCCAGUUGCAGUACAGCAUGUUGAGCCUUUGCUUCUCAUUGCUUACCUUUGAUUUGCAAGCACAGCUCUGCCUUACAGUCCUGGUCUUGUUUUCCGGCUUGUAUGAAAUCUCUACGCUUCACACCAUCAUACUUGUCAUUGGGUUAGUGUGGGCCUUUCUUAAAGUUACUGUUGGCAUCCUGGCAAUUCUAAAAGAGCUGAAGCCUCUUGUGUGGAUUUUUGUACUACAAAACCUUCCUGAAGUGGCUUAUCUAGUGUAUCUUCUGUACAAGGUAGCCAUGGAAUGGGGCAUAGGCGGCUCCUACACACUGGAAGCUGCUGCUGUGACAGGCUCCUUUAUCUCUGUGGUUAUUAAAUCUGUGCUGUUUUGGUCUCUGUACCGAGUGUAUCGGAGCUUCGGCCAAGGACUGCGAGAGAGAAUGUUUUCUUCCUAUGGAAGGAUUGAUUCCUAAAAGUUCUGAAAGGACAUUAUUGGAAGACUUUUAAUACCUGCCUGGACGGACUGUUGUAAUCCUGCCAUUAUUGAGAUGGGGAGGUAAAGCGUAGCGCCGCUGCGCCCUCCGAUGCCGACUGUCUAAGGGAAGAAUUCAGCUUUUAAUCGCCAAAACCCCUUGAGUAUUCCUCUUUCCACUACCGCAGUACAUUGCAGCCACUUUCUGUACGUCUUGUACUGUUUGCACUGGGCUCUGCCAUAGAUUUCUUUUUUUAUCUAUAUGCAGCUCCACAUUGGAACAUUAUUUUGCAGUCUGUACUCUACAUGUAGCAUUGGGUAACAUCAAUUUAAGUUGCUUAUAGCUAAUACAUAAUCCUCCAUUUGCAUUCACAGUAAUGCCAUCUGACGGGCGCCCUUUACCUGGUAUCUCCUCUGCUGGACCCUUUUUAUCUGUAUACAUGCAUUGCAAGUGUUUCCCAACCAGGGUGCCUGCAGCUUUUGCAAAACUACAACUCCCAGCAUGCCCGGACAGCCUUUGGCUGUCCGGGCAUUCUAGGAGUUGUAGUUUUGCAACACCUGGAGGCACACUGGUUGGCGAAACACUGACCUACAUGGACCUUUUACAUGGGGUACUCCGGUUAAAUUUUUUAUUUAUUUUUUGUAAAUCAACUGGUGCCAGAAAGUUGAACAGAUUUGUAAAUUACUUCUAUUUAAACAUCUUAAUCCCUCCAGUACUUAUCCGCUGCUGUAUGCUCCACCGGAAGUUCUUUUCUUUUUUUAACUCCUUUUCUGUCUGACCACAGUGCUCUCUGCUGACACCUCUGUUCAUGUCAGGAAAUGUCCAGAGCAGGAGCAAAUCCCCAUAGCAAACCGACAGAGGUGUCAGCAGAGAGCACUGUGAUGAGACAGAAUUAAAUUCAAAAAGAAAAGAACUUCCUGUGGAGCAUACAGCAGCUG